AUGAUUGAAGCGGUGAAGGAGCCUUUUUGUGGGUUCACGGCGCAACCAAUCAACACCGCCGCCGCCUACUAUAUGCCUGGUGCGUACAAUGGCGGUUAUACUCGUGAACCUUAUGGCCAUAACGCGUACAUAGAUGCGGCAUACGGUGACGCCCAGCAGUUCCCGUAUUAUGACGGUUAUACGUACACACCAUAUCAUACUAACGGGCAAGCCUACUACAAUUACAGUUACCAACCAAGCCAAGCCUAUCCGGGAGCUUAUGGACCAUAUCCGGGCUCAAGCGGAGCGUAUAGGCCAUAUCCGCAACCUCAACCAUCACCACCAAGGAGGUCACGGACUACCCCAGCCCGUUUCCUUGAACCUACCAUUCGAACGAAUGCAACAUCAACGCGGAAGCCGCGAGGAGUAUCCGCAGAUGUCUACGACAGGCGACAGUUUAAGGCAUUUCCUGGUCCUGCCAAAAAACCGUCACCUAUCUAUAGGAGAAGUCGCGAUCCCUAUCCAUAUCGAUUAGGACAAUACCAGGAAACCGAAUUCGGUGGCACGCCAUUAGACUACAGUUCUCAACUUCAUCGACCCUAUACGAAUGAGGUCCCUGCAACGUUACGACGAUUACGACCGUUUUAUGCACCAUCAUAUACCACGUAUCCGCCUUCAACGAUGAUACGAACAGAAAAAAAGCUAGACACGAAGAAGUAUCCUAUCAUGGCUAGGAUUGCAGUGAAAAUUGCUCAAUUGCUUCUCGGUGCGGCUAUUCUUGGUCUCGUACUUGGUCCCAUGCGUGGAAACACCUUCCAUGACUUUGUCAUCCGAACCAACACCGAAUGGCAAGGAGCUGUGAUCGGUAUCGUUUCCACAUGGGCGAUUUUUACUGUCAUUUUGUUGCUGACAAGUUUUCUGGCGAAUUCGAUGCAUUUGUGGCGAAAAGUGGAUGCACAUGUGACCUUACUCGGGAUACUCGCCUAUCUCCUCGCUUCUUGUCUCGAGGCCUACUAUGCCGCAUGCUAUCCACCGAACGGGCCGCGAAUAAAUCUAGUCUGUCAUCGAGCAGAAUGGAUCAUUGCAACGGUAGCCUAA